GCCUCUCGUUUCCGCCGGACCCGUCUAGGGCUUGCGUUCUUCACCUCUCCUCCUCUCCGCUCUCACGAAACGUGACCCGAUUCAUUGGACGGUCCUGCGUUUGCGUAGUCACUCCCGUUUCUUUCAUUCGUCUGGUAUACCUAACUGGAGUUCCUCCGCGGAGCAUCUUAACGCGGUUCUUCUAUAAUUAUCCCAUUCGUCGUCCUCGUCGGCUCAUCCACCAAAAUCCCCGAGGAAUUAGGAGAGAAGAGGAAUAAUGGCGGAGACGAUCCCAUCGCCGGCCUUCUCGAACCCCAAGAACCCUAGCCGUGAGGAAGACAAGGACGGUGGGGCCGACAAAAAGUGGGCGGUGGCGCCAGCCGCCAAGAAGGCCCGUGGCAGCGGGGUCGGAGACCCCGCUGUGGCCCUGGCGAACGCGCGUCACGAGUUCGGUGAGCACGGCGGGGUGAACAUGUCGAUCGAGGCGUCGGCGACGUUCACUGUGAUGGAGGCGGAGACCAUGCGGCGCAUGUUCUCGGGUGAGCUCGGACCCGACCGCGACUUCUACAUCUACAGCCGGCACUUCAACCCAACCGUCCUCAACCUCGGCCGCCAGAUGGCCGCCAUCGAGGGCACCGAGGCCGCCUACUGCACCGCCAGCGGUAUGUCCGCCAUCUCAUCCGUCCUCAUCCAGAUCUGCGGCGCCGGCGGUCACGUGGUUGCCUCCCGAUGCCUCUACGGCGGCACCCACGCCCUCCUCUCGCACUUCCUCCCCCGGUCCUGCGGAAUCCGCACCACCUUCGUCGACAUCGACGACCUCGACGCGGUGAGGGCGGCGGUUAAGGAAGGGGAAACCAAGGUCCUGUACGUCGAGACCGUGGCCAAUCCGACGCUGGCCGUGGCCGAUGUGCCGCGGCUGAGCGCGAUUGCGAGGGAGAAGGGAACGAUGCUGGUCGUGGACAACACCUUCGCUCCCAUGGUCGUGUCGCCGGCGAGGCUCGGUGCCGACGUUGUCGUCCACAGCGUCUCCAAGUUCAUCAGCGGUGGCGCUGACAUCAUCGCAGGUGCGAUCUGUGGACCGGCGAGCCUGGUGAACUCGAUGAUGGACCUGCACCAGGGGGCCCUUAUGCUGCUGGGGCCGACCAUGAACGCCAAGGUGGCGUUCGAGAUCUCGGAGCGGCUGCCGCACCUGUCGCUGCGGAUGAAGGAGCACUGUCACCGCGCGCUGGAGUACGCCACCCGGAUGAGGAAGGCGGGGCUCAAGGUUAUCUACCCGGGGCUGGACGACCACCCCCACCACGACCUGCUCGCCUCGAUCUCCAACCCCGGAUACGGCUUCGGCGGCAUGCUCUGCGUGGACAUGGGCACCGAGGAGCGGGCCAACAAGCUGAUGCACCACCUCCAGAACACCACCCAGUUCGGCCUCAUGGCCGUCAGCUUGGGAUACUACGAGACCCUCAUGUCCUGCUCCGGCAGCAGCACCAGCAGCGAGAUGAGCCCCGAGGAGAAGACCCGGGCCGGCAUCUCCCCCGGCCUCGUCCGUUUGUCCGUGGGCUACAGCGGCACGCUGGAGCAGAGGUGGAGCCAGUUCGAGCGGGCCCUCGCGCUCCUCCACCCCCCUCCCUCCUCCCACAAGCAGCAACCAGCCCUUCUACUCUAAACGUAUUGCGAGCUGUGUGUGUGAUGACGGUUUCCACACGACCACCGUGUAGUGCGCUCCGUGUAGCUACUUUUUAACUUGACUGAAUAAAAUAUAAGCUGCGUUUUAUCUGCGUAUGCACCA